AUGGGUUCUGAAACCCCCUUCGAUUAUGCCUUGAGCUCUAACGCCGCCUGGGCCGGCUAUAAAAGCCAUCAAAAUCCCAAGUUCUUCCCUACCAUGGCCCAAGGCCAAAGUCCUAGUAUCCUCUGGCUCGGCUGCUCCGAUUCCCGCGUCCCGGAAACCACCGUUCUUGGCCUCCAACCCGGCGACGUUUUCGUCCACCGCAACAUCGCCAACAUCGUCUCACCAACCGACAUCAACUCCUCAGCCGUCAUCGAAUACGCCGUCGUGCACCUCAAAGUAUCGCACAUUGUUCUCUGUGGGCAUACAUCUUGCGGGGGAGCGGCCGCUGCUCUGGGUGGUUCCCGUGUUGGCGGUGUGUUAGAUACUUGGCUUGCACCUCUCAAGGCACUGACUAAACUCCACGACAAGGAACUCAAGGGAAUCAAAGAAGAUGCGGCGCGGGCGGGGCGUCUGGCGGAGUUGAAUGUGGCCAAGGGGGUGGAGGUGUUGAUGGGGAAUGUGGUUGUGGAGGAGGCGGUGAGGGAGAGGGGGUUGAAGGUUCAUGGCGUCGUGUAUGAUAUUGCAUGUGGCAAGAUUCGGGAUUUGGGGGUAGGAAACUGUAAUGAGGAAGAGGAGGGUGUGGCGUGGAACGAUGGCGCGGCGGAUGAUGCGAAGGGGGGAAAAGAAAAGGAAUUGGUGAAGGGUGCGCACGGCAUGUUGGUUUUUGGAAAGGAGGGUGCUACGUUGAGUACCGCAUGA